AUGAAGUAAUUCAAGCCACUGAGCCUUAUGCUUUAUGGAAAGCACUUGGAGAAAAAGAAAAAGCAGGUGAAUUCUCUGAAUUUUUUAAAGAGUUUUGGGAACUGGAAAACAGAAUUGAAUAUUUUCCUUAUGGUUCUAAAUUAGCAGAUCCUUUUCAAGAUGGAAAAAAACCAAGUUAUACCAUUGAAAAACAACAAGCAAUCAAAAACUCCCCUAACUUCUAUCAACAAGCACCAUUUUUAACGAUUGCUGAGGAUUUGCUGAAACUGAUAAAGGAGGAUAAAAUAGAGCAAAUUAUUUUCCUAUCUGCUUACGAUAAAAAAGUUUGA